GAUGAAUAUACAUUGAACAUACUCAAAUGGAAAAAAAAAUUAUUUUCACAUUUCUAGCGGAAACGAUGAUAACCCAAAAUCAGCUGUAUCAUUUUGCAACAAAUACAAAUGUAAAUAAACGAGUACUGGCAAUGCGAGUGUGACCGAUGAACGGGAGACAGUAAACAAACGUGAUUGAGCACAUCACAGUGUUGGAGAUGCUGGAUACAAAUUUUUUUUUUACAAAACAAUUCCGAAAAAAGUGGAUCCAAUCAAUACGCAAUAUGACGACCAACGAAGAGCUCAUCAAUCUCAUGAAAAUUGCUGGACCAAAAAUGGUCCCAUUUUUUAAGGCAGUUUGUGUGUACUUCGUGCUGAAUGCCCAUAAUCAUAACGGCGAAUGCUGGACAACAAUACUCAAAUGUGCUCCAAUCGUUGGCCUAAUGCUAUUCAUUGUGUUACAUGGAAUAAAUACCAACAGCAAGUUUUCAUAUGAGCACAAGAUAUUGACCGCUUUGAUUUUCUCCUGUUUGGGUGAUGCUCUUCUCAAUCACAACUACUUCGUGUAUGGUAUGUGUGCAUUUGCAGUGGCACAGCUGUUUUACAUAAUGGCAUUUGGAUUCCAGCCGCUUAAACUUUGGAUUGGCUGUGUACUGUACUCGGCUGGAGUAGCAACUAUUUUUGUACUGUGGCGAUACUUGGAUCCCAUCAUAUUGAUUGGUCUUCCGUUAUACACAAUUUUAUUGGUCACAAUGUGCUGGCGCUCAAUAGCCCUUCUUUUCACUGCCAAAAAUUCGGGAAAUUUCUUGAGGAUCAUUUGUGCAAUAUCCAGUGCACUAUUCGUUAUAUCAGACACAAUGAUUGCCAUUGACAAAUUCUAUUCGCCCAUAAGUAACAGCUCGGUGUGGAUUAUGUCAACGUAUUAUGCGGCUCAAUUUGGAAUUACGCUGAGCAUUGUGGAUGCGGAUAAAUUGAAACAAAAUUGGACAAAGAAAAGAACGCAAUAAGUAUGCGCGCUUCACACAAUUUUUGCUGCCGAGAUAAGCACACAUUUUAUCACAACAAUGUAGUUUUUCCCUUUUGUCUUUCACCGUGAAAGAAUGUACGAUAUAAUUGAGAUGAUUUAUUUUCUGCACUCUCGUAUGUGACGAAUGCACACAAAACGAAUGUAAAUAUUGUACAAAAUUAGGAAAAGAAUAUGCAUGGAUUCCGGUUUUAAAGUUAAUUUUAAAUAAAUAAAAUUCUAAUAAUAAUA